AUGACUAAGGUCACUCACGUUAUAUUUGACGUCGAUGGUCUUAUUUUGGAUACAGAAUCUAUAUACACUGAGUUCACAUCAAAUUUUCUCAGUGGAUAUAAUUUGCAAUUCGAUUAUAACAUAAAGAAGCUAAUGAUGGGAAGAAAACCUCACGAAGCCGGUGAAAUACUUCUAAAACACUAUAAUUUGCCACUAAGUGCUGAUGAAUUUAUUCAAAAGCAGUCGGAGUACAUUACUCCAGAAAGAUGGGAGAGUGUUCAAUGUUUACCAGGUGCAGAGGAACUUAUUUUUCAUCUUGCUUCACAUAAUAUUCCUAUGGCCCUGGCUACUGGUUGUUGCAGUUAUGAACUUGAUCAGAAAAUGAAAAACCAUCGGGAUAUAAUGACCAAAGUCUCUCAUUCUGUUUGCUCGGGUGACGAUCCUACUAUUAAGCAUGGUAAACCUAUGCCGGAUAUAUUUCUAACUACCGCCAACAGAUUUAAAGUUCCUCCAGAUUCCUCUGAUAACGUUUUAGUGUUUGAAGACUCUCCAAAUGGUGUUGAAGCCGCUCUGUCAGCUGGGAUGCGCGUUGUAUGGAUUCCUGAUCCACGAGAACCACCUGGGAAUUUUCCAAAAUCAAUUUCAUCCAUUGACAUAUCACGUAUCACUAGAUUAAAUUGUAUGUCUGAUUUUAAACCUGAACAGUUUGGUCUUCCGAGGUUCGAAAACAACUCUUGA